AUGAUGACGACGUGCCGUCUGCUGUGCGCCCUGUUGGUGCUUGCCCUGUGCUGCUGCCCAUCCGUGUGCGUAACAGGGAGUGAAGAUAAAGCUGAAAAAGCUGGACAGGGUUCAACGCUCCAGGAUUCAGGGGGUUCAAGCAAUUCCGAUAAUCCAGAAGCAAAAGUCACGGAAGAUAAUGAACAGAGUUCAGAUAAGGAGCCCAAUUCGUCAGAGAGACAAUCGAAGACCGCUGCUGCUCCAGCAACUUCAACAUCGACAGUUACAGAAGAAGGACCAAGUGGAGCGCCCACUUCGCAAGAUGGAAGAGAUGCGUCUGUUCGGCCAGGGGCAUCAGAAGGGAAUAACCCUUCACCAGGACCAACAGGUGACUUCGAUAAAUCAGUUGUAAAGAAUCCGGAGCAUAAUAAUGAAGUAGCGCUAGCUGGUAAGGAAGUUAAUGAACAGGCACCAACCACGACAACCACAACGACCACAACUACAACAAUGGCACCAACUACUACAACCACCACCACUGCGCCCGAGGCACCAGGUGAUACGGCCAUGAAUGCAGAGGCGCCAACCACGACGACCACCCGCACACCGUCACGUCUUCGCGAAGUCGACGGCGGCCUCAGCAGCUCUGCGUUGGUGUGUUCCCCGCUGCUGCUCGCAGUAUCCGCGCUGGCGUACACCGCUGUGGGCUGA